AUGUGUGUGGCCAACCUCAACGUCUCGACGCAACCAUGCUCGCACCGCUGGUACACCCUCGUGAAACCCUGCACCAGCACAACAAACCUCUCCAACUGCUCUUCAAAACUCGCCCUUGAGGGCUGGGAGACCAGACUGGAUUCCUGUCCUUGGUGUGAUGACUCGGCUUCUGACUCUGGUAUCCUCGACGACAGCACCCAUCGCUUGUUUGGUGGCAGUAUUUCUCGCUCUCGCAGUGGAAGCAUAGGAACUUCUGGUAUCGGUGCCAUGCCCAUUGCUGCAGAACGACACAGACGCCAGAGCAGUGCAACCGACUCUACUACUUCUUUGUCGAGAGAGUCUAGCAGCCGCUUCAUACAGGAUGAGAACACUGAGACAGAGGUUUCCGUCAGAGGCGAAAAGGCACGUAUGAUGAACUGGCGCAUGGAUGUUUACCUCAUGGCACAUCCUGAGCGCAAGCAAAGCAUUGUACAAGAGGUUGAAGGCAUUGCACCCGAAGCUUCUAUGCCCGAGCAAGGUGGGCUCCGCAGAUCUGGCAGUAUCAGAAGAUCUGGUAGUCUGCUUGGCAAGAAGAUGAAGAAGGGCAUGCGUUUGAGUAAGAACAUUUUCAAGGGUUGA